GUCCAUCGAUCAUCCCAUCCAGUCUCGCUAGAUACGCAUGCGUUGUUCAAAGUACGAACGUGCGCUUAAGUGCAGCUGUACUCGGCACGCCUCGUAAUUGACCGGCGCAGUGCCAUAUGGGAAGAGAUUACGGCGGCCUAUCAGUCAGCAGGGCCACGACCAAGAACGCGCACGCUACUACGUAAAGCGGAAGGCUUCGUUGGAGAUUUAGUUGUUGAUUGGUCGUCACGAAGUCCGGACACAGCCGUUCCUGCGGGAUACGACAAGACUCCAGUGGAAGGCCUCGUAUUGCUGGCUGUACAUCGUGUGCUCGUACGGAAGCGAAGAGUAAAAGAAAGAACAAUGAGUGAUGCUGGUAGUGGAAGUGAAAGUUCUAGUAGCUCCGGGGCUAAUAAUGAUGGCUCGUUGGGAUCGACCGUCCAAAAUGCCAUCAACAAUCGUGCUCAACGGGAAUAUCGCGAGGAGAUAGUGAAGGAUAUGGCAAUAGAGAAAAUGAAGCAAAAAAUGCAUGACAUUGUUAACCGGAUGAGUAGAGAUGUGGAGCAGAAGAUGGAUCUGGCGGUGGACGAUCUGUUCACCGAGGUGAAACAGUUUAAUCUGAAGAACUACGAGCUGAAGCAACUGUUUAACGAAAAAGUUCCCGACAGAACGCACGCAGAUGGGCAUCGGACGAGUGCCAAAAAGGAUGGGAAACUGCCGGACAAAGUGUUUCUGCCUCGAAACUCGCUGCUGACGGACCUGUUCGAAGUAAAGCACAUCAAAACGAUCUACCACAUAUUCGUUGUGAUGCUGAUCAUUCUGUUCCUAAAUACUGUGGUGCACGAUUUCGUGGACACGGGCAGCAUUAAUCUAGGGUUUCGACCGAUCAUCGCCGGGUUCGGAAAGUUCCACAUUGCGCUGAUGCUGUGGUGUUGCAUGCAAACGUCCACCUUCUUGCUGUAUCCAUGCUUCCGAAUGUGGGCUGCAAAUCGCAAAAACUGUGCGCCAGAUUCUUCUCUUCAGAAACUUUGCGACUGGUCUGCACUCGUCCUAUUUAUCUCCUAUCAAUGUGGAUUCGUUGUGGCCGCUAUUAAAGCGCAUCUGUGGUUCGAUCUUCCGCCGGCAAGUGGAGUGGCCUAUCUGAUGGAAAUGACACGCUUCCUGAUGAAAGCGCACGCCUUCAUUCGCAGCAACGUACCGAGAGCUUUGAGCAGCGAAAAGAAGCAACCUGAUUCCAAGCCUUCCUCUCCGGACGCAUACCGUGGUUUGCCGUCGUUUUCAACGUACGUCUACUUCCUGUUUGCUCCCACCUUGGUCUAUCGCGAUGAAUACCCACGCACGAAGCAGAUCCGUUGGCGCGUAGUAGCUCGCCACGCGCUGGAAGUGAUCGGAGUCGUGUUCUACAUCAGCUUCAUUCUGGAACGGUUCCUGGCACCGCUGUUCGCCAAGUUUGGCCAUGCCAAGAUCAGCUCGGGCAGCUUCGUGCUGUCACUGUUCGGAAGCAUCAUGCCGGGAUCGCUGUCCUUCCUGUGUGCGUUCUACAGCCUGCUACACGCGUGGAUGAAUGGUGCGGCUGAACUGUUGCGGUUUGCCGACCGGAUGUUCUACCGCGACUGGUGGAAUGAGUCCACGUUCGCCGGGUACAUCCGCUCGUGGAACGUGGUGGUGCACGAUUGGCUCUACACGUACGUGUACAAGGACUGUGUCGAGCAUGUGUUCCGUAACUGCAGACCGCUGGCAACGGUGGCCGUGUUUACUGUGUCGGCUGUGUUCCACGAGCUUAUACUGGCGUUCACCUUCCGGUUUUUCUAUCCGGUGAUGUUCGUACAGUUUGAGUUCUUGGGCUUGAUGCUAAUGUUCGUCACCAAGCGGAUGGGAAAGGACGUGGGAAAUGUGCUCCUGUGGCUGGUGCUUUCGAUCGGCAACGGAUUGCAUCUCAGUCUGUACAAUAUGGAGUACUACGCUCGGCGGAACUGUCCCGAUAUUGGUGACUCGAUCGUAGACUAUAUGGUGCCCGUUUCGUGGACCUGCAACGGUAUAUCGCAUAAUCCCAACUGGACCAUCACGGCACCGUGGAGUCUACCGUGACGGACUGGAACGUUGUAGAAAAGACUGAAAUAGAUGUAAACCGUAACCUUAAUGUAAAUUGUUACGUCUUGAGCUAAAUGUUGUGGAAUGUGUUGUAAAAGAAAUAAAACUCAAUGUCUUGAGUUGUACAUAA